UUUGAGCAACAUCAUUGGCAAAUGUACAUGUUCACCUCGACAAUUGAGUCGAUAACACACACACACUGACAUAGAGUGAUGCGACGAUUCACUUACUCCUACUGUUCGACUAUGUAGAUGACUUCUUAGUUUUGAUUUAACUUGAUAGGUCUUCAUUUAAAGUUACAUAAGAUCAGAACAAGAACAUUAUAUUAGUUUGUACAGCCUCAAAGUCAUAAAAUAGUAUUUUUUAAAUGCAUUUCAAAAGUGCUAGGGACAAGCUUAUUGUGAAAUUCUUUUAAAAAUAGAUUCUGAAAUAUCUCCAAAGAAAUGGCUGUACUGCUUCAACUGACAUGUGUAUUUUUAACGAUAACUAUACUACAGAAUAUUAUUCAACCAAAUUCAGUUGAAAGUUUGAUUAUAGCCCCUGUAGUUCAACCUCCUCCUGAAUUCUACACUCUGGCAUCAACUCACGCAGCCAUGUCUGCAGGGAGAUUUCAAGGUCAAGGUUACAGAUUCGUCCGGCGAUGGUACAGGUGGUGCUGGAACGCUACCUCUCAAAAAUACAGAAGCAUAGACGGAACGUGUAACAAUGUCAGAAACUUAGGUGCCGCCUUCACAGCCGUACCAAGGUUGUUACCUCCAGAAUACGCCGAUGGCGUGGAUGCGCCCAGGCAGUUUGGUAAAGACGGGCUACCUCUCCCUAGUGCCAGAAAUGUCAGCCUUCAUCUUCACCCGUGUGAGGCGGAGUAUACAUGCAACUCUUUGAUGGUCAUGCAGUGGGGUCAGUGGGUCAUUCACGACCUCUCAGCUAUCCCAAUCUCCACUGGUCCUAACGGUGCUAUUCAGUGCUGUGGAGACAAAGGCGAGGCACCUCCAUUUAUAAACCAGAGGAAUUGUUUCCCAAUUGAAAUACCAACAGACGACUAUGAUUUUAACUUCCGGUGUAUGGAGUUUGUUAGAUCAAUGGCUUUGACAAACGAAUUCGGAAUUACAGAAAAACCUAGGACUCAGAUCAACAUUGUCACAUCUUUUAUUGACGCCUCACAGAUCUACGGCUCUCUUCCUACACAAGAAAGAAAUUUACGAGACCUAGUGAACAACACCAACCCGCUGUGUAUUUUGAAGACAUUUGGACACUCGGCAUUGCCUCAAUCUCCAGUACAGAACUGUGUUCUCAGACCUAAUACAUCUGACUAUUGCCAGUUGGCAGGUGAUAUAAGAGUGAACGAGCAGCCGGGUCUAGGGGUGAUGCACACUUUGUUCGUCCGUGAGCACAAUAGAAUAGCCCAAGAAUUCAGUCGACUCUUAAGUAAUGCAAGCGAGGAACGUAUCUUCCAGUUGACUCGCAAAGUUGUAGCAGCGUAUCAACAAAUCAUCAACUACAACGAAUACCUUCCUGAGGUGCUCGGAAGGGACGCCUAUGUGAAAAAGUUGGUCUCCAAACGAGGCAGGACUGCCUACAACCCAGAUGUGGAUCCAAGUAUACUCAAUGAAUUCUCAACAGCGGCAUUCAGAUUUGGUCACUCCACGAUACCAGAGGCACUCUCAUUUUUUGAUCGUAUGACGAAGUUGCGUUACCUUCUACACAGACCUACGGAAUGUUUAGAACAUUACGACCAAGUACUGGCCGGCCUUAUCGGUGUUGUGGACAAACCCUACCGUCAAGCGCUCAAGAAAGUGGACAGAAACUUUGUUCACGAAGUGUCGAAAUUUCUGUUUGAAGCCAAAAACCCAAACCGUACAGGUCUGGAUCUUAUUUCUUUAAACAUACAGAGGGGUCGAGACCAUGGCCUAGCACCUUAUGUCAAAUACAGAGCCUACUGCGGCCUUUCACCUGUCAAAGAUUUCAAUGAUACUCAUGUCUUAGGGCCACACGUCCGAGAUUUGCAGAAGGUAUACAGAUCUAUAGAUGACAUCGAUCUCUUCACUGGACUACUGUAUGAGCCCAGUGUCGGUCACUCUGCUAUUGGUCCUACACUCAAGUGUCUUCUGGGGAUCCAGUUCUACAGAACCAAGUACGGGGACCGUUUUUUCUUCGACACAGAAGAUGAAAGCAUUGGCUUCAAUGACGAACAACUGGACGCCUUGAGAAAUACAAGUUUGGCGAAGAUUAUAUGUCACAACUCAGCUCUAAAGGAGGUUCCACUGAAUGUAUUUAGACUGCCAUCAACAAACAAUCCACUAUACAGUUGUGAACAGCUACGUACAGAAAGUUUGGACUUAACUUUGUUUGUGUGAUUAGGAGACGGGAAUUGUCUGAUUUAUCUUUACAUUUUAAAAACAUUACCUUAUCUAUCAUUUUCUAUGAAAUCAUAUGGCGAGAAAAAAACAAGAACUUUAGUCUUUUCAUUUAAAAAUUCUUAAGGUUUAGAUUUGAUCUAAUUUUUUAAAUGUAAAGCUGAAUCUCAUUGUUUUGAUAAUUAUGGAAUCGUAUCCCCAAAAAUGUAUUUUGAUUUUCAAAUGUGUGCUUUUGUAUGUCCUGUUUUGAUGUAAAACAGCAGUGUCCUUGAACUUGUGCUAUAGAAAUAAAAUAUGUAUAAUGAAUACAAUA